AUGGAGAUGAUUCGUUCGUUCUUCGAAACUAAUGAGUUUAAAUGGGAGACUUUGUGUGGAGUAUGUACCGAUGGAGCACCAGCUAUGCUCGGAUCAAGGUCAGGCUUUCAGAAAAAAAUCAAAGAGCUUGCACCUCAAGCAACGGGAUUGCACUGCAUGAUUUACCGGUUUGCUCUUGCUAUCAAAACUCUCCCGGAGCCUCCACAAGAAGUGCUCAACUCUCUGAUCAAAAUCGUUAACUAUAUAAAAUCUAGUGCUCUCAACACCCGUCCCUCCAAAGAACUCUGUAAAGACAUGAACUCUGAUCAUGAGACUCUUCUGUUCUAUACUGCUGUUCGGUCGUUGUCCAAAGGUAAUGUUAUUGAACGUGUGUUUGAGCUGAAGGACUAA